CCUUACGAACAUCUCGAGCAACAGGCAGGCAGCGGGCAGGAGUCAUUCGUUUGACAGCCUGAUUGGCCAUUGUGUGUCAAAAUCGCGAGUGAAAGCCAGCAGCCAGGGCAGCGAGAACAGCGAGUAGGACAUGCAAAUUGGCUGCUGCAGGGCCCGCUGAGUGUCGCGCGCUGUCCUUGCCAUGGCCGACCUGAUCUGCCUCGAGAGUUUCACCGAGUCGCGGGCCCGCAUGGACCCCGUCAUCUUCCACGACCCGCGCAUCCUGGAAAACAUGCUGGUCAACGAGGAGGCCUCGGUGGUGCCGUGCGACUACUUCGCCACCGUGCAGAAGGACAGCCAGGUCCAGCCCUACAUGCGGGCCGACAUCGUCACCUGGAUGACCGAGGUGUGUGACGAGCUGAACUGCGACACGCACGUGCUGCCCCUGGCCGUGAAGCUGAUGGACAUGACGCUGACCAAGACGCCCGUGCAGGUGACCGAGCUGCAGUUGCUGGGCGCCACUUGCAUGCACAUCGCCUCCAAGCUGCGCAGCACCAGGAUCAUGUCCACCAACCAGUGCUCCUUUUACGCCGACCACAGCUUCACCUCCAGGGCUGUCAAUCUGUGCGAGAUCAUAAUUCUGUCCAGCCUGAAGUGGAAAACGUCCUUCCUGACUGCCGCAGACUUCUUGGAACACAUUUUGGCUCGGAUGACGCUGCCGCGCGGCGAGAGCAACAUCAUCAGAAAGCACUCGCAUGCAAUUUUGCAGUACUGCAGUCCCAAUACCGAGACCGCGUUCAUGAAGCCGUCGGUGUUGGGCAGCGGCGCCAUCGUGGCCGCCAUCGACAGACUGAACGGCAAGGAGGAGUCGAAGCGGGCGCUGCGGCAGGUGUGCAACCUGACGCACCACAAGCCCGAGGAAAUCCUGCGUGUGGUGCGUCUGCUGCCGUCGCGGGCUAGUCAGGAGGACAAGCAGCUGGCCACGUGCAGCACGCCGACGGACGUGCAGGACAUCAACCUGGACGAUUGACUGCGUGCUGCCAACCAGCCUGUCUGCCGUAGAAUAUUUUUCGAUACCGCUUUCAAGAAAUUUCCCUCGUAUCCUUUUAGCAGUGCGCGGCGGACGAUCGAAUGAACUCGAGUGAUUUUGUAUAAGUUUUUUAGAUUGCGUCGAUUUACAUCAAACUUAUGCAGCGAUUUUAAGUGAUUUAUAAGUGUAAGUAAUUGGCUAGAUUCGAGCCCAUGCUUCUUUUUACUAACAGCAAACUCGGUCACUUGUAAAUAAUACGACCGAAUUUGUUCUGUUGCGUACAAAGUGGAAUUUACGAUUGAAGAGAGAAGUACGGAAAAUCCUAGCUAAAAAAGGCCAGAAAAUAUUGAUUAAGAUUUCUCGCCAGUGCUAAUGAUAUACCAUCGUAAUAUCUUAACUGGCAGUAUCUCAGAGGUAAACAUUAAAUUUUUAUUUAUCAAGUGAUUAAAAUCGGGGGAUCAGGGUGUUCGGCCUGUAGUGUGAAUUCGGCAGAACGUGCCAGCUGAGAAAUUCCAGUUUCUGCGUUCUUAAAACGAAAAUUGGUUCGGCUAUCGUGUCGAAACUAAUUUUUAUUUCGGUCUCAGCAUAAUUAUGAAACUUUCCUACAUCUAGAUGUAAAGUAGAAGUAUUGAAACCGGAUUUGGAGCUGAGAAUGUCUAGAAUUGUAAAUGUAUGGCAGUUUCUAUCAAGAAUUUACGCGAUUGGCGUUCAGUUCUGCUACCAAACAUUUGAAACUUUUGCCAAUUUCCUGUGUUUUCCAGGCCAAUGCUGCCUGUAAAUUUGAAAAUGCUAAUAUUCUCGAUUAGUUUUUCGAGUUCUUUUAAUUUAAAACACAGAUUACAUGCAGGAAUGGCUUUCAAUUUUAAGGGGUAACCCUGAACGCUGACAUUAACUAAUUUAAUGUGUAUGGCCGAUACUAAAUUUAAAAUAAAUUAAGGUCCCACCAGCAUGUGCCUUCUGAGUUUGUAUUAAUUAUUGAAAUGUGCUCUGGACCAUUUAAGGUUUAGUAAUUCCAAGGAGUAAAUCUUCCAACAAUAUUACUUGUACAUCGAAACCUAUAGUUUAAGCAUUAUAAGGAAAUUCUUAGGGUUCAUCGUUUUAGUUUUUGGCGAAAUCAUUGAAUUUUCGUUCUAUUCAACGAGUUUAGAAAUUUAACCAGGGGAAAAAUUAAAUUUUGAUGCUAAUUUUCGUUCAAUCAUUACCAUUUUUACAGUUACGAGAUUAUCAAUUGAUGAGUGGAUUUUUUUGUUAUUUUCCUGAACUUUGGUAAUUGUAAAUUAAUGCUCCAUAAUUUAAAAACUUACUGAACUGAACAUCAGGUCAUGUAGCUCCAUUUUAGUUAUUGGAAAAAAUCUUUUAAAUAGUUAACUGUCUGGAAGAAAAUUUCGGUCAAUAUGUAAUAAGUGGUAAAUUUCAUAAGAUUUCAGAAUUGUUGAUUUUUUGCACAACGGUUAACAAUCAAAGACCUACAAACACAAAGCCCAGGAAAUAUUUAAGAUUUUUUAGUGUCAAAUAUGGCCCAUCGAUUGAUUUGUCUAAUAAGAAUCACAUUACAACUGAAUAGAGCGAAAACUGUAUUUUUAAAUCGAUUUUGAAAACAUUGUCACUUUAUUUGGGAGUUCCAUAAUUCGCUGAAAUCGUUGAAUAGAAAAACAUUUAUCACAUUAACGCCAGAAGCCAAAACUUCAAACUUGAAGAAAUUCCUUAUUAGAAAAUAAAGCGCCCCUGGAAAAUCCCGAGUGGAAAAAAGUGCUUCCAGUUCUCACAAUAUCGCAAGCCGGUGCCUAGAUUUAUUUACUGCGUAGAGUUAGGAUGACCAGUAAACAAUAAGUCCGUCAGCUUACCUCAGAGUUGUGGAGGCCUGCUGAUUUUGAUGCAUUUAAUUAAACUGGUAGCUCCAUUUUUCUGGUGAUUCCCGAUGUGUGUGCGCGCAGGAGCAGGGUGAUUUGAGAUUGGACUGAAUGCAUUUCGAACUGGUGCCUUAAUUAAUUCAGAUCUGUGUUUUCGAGUAGACAACAAGUUAUUAUUCAGAAUGGUGCAUAUUUAUAAGAUAGACGGAUUACGGCGACGGAGACUUUUAAAACCAAGUGUGAUAUCGGUAAUGAGUAGAGUUCCAUAAUAUAUUUUUGAAUGUAAAGCACAUUAUUUCCAAUCGAAUACGACUUACUUACUUUUUAAGCAAGGCAGGCCUCCCUUUAGUUACUUUUCUAAUUAAUUAAUAAAUUACUUAUUAUUAAUGAGUUUCAAUCAGACCCUGUUUUUUAGCAAGUGUGAGUUGCCAGAGAUAGUUUGCUCACUUCACUGCUGUACAAAGAGACCCUCUAGAAUUUUAGUUCAGUACUUAACAAUUGGGAAAGUCGAAAAUAAGAGCAGUUUAGGUUUAAGACGUUGAGUUUGUCCUGGCAGAAGUUUUUUAAAAUCUGCAUCUGUUAUAAAUGAGCACUUGAGAAGAUUUUAUCAUUCAUUCAAGAGGAUUUAACAUUGAACAGUUCUUGUGUUAUGUUGUAAGGAGAUUUUAAUAAUAAAAACUAUUUUAAAUUUUA